AUUUUACAUUUUAUUUAUUUUAUGUUUUAUAAAUUAAAAUGGGAAAAUCGAUUCCCGUCAAAACAGGGCUAAGAGGAGCUACCGCAGCAGUAGCUGGAUUCAUCAAAUCCUCAAAACCGAUCCGACCCAUUUCCUCCAUGGACAGUCCCGACAAAGAUUCAUCAGCCACUACCACCACCAGCGAAACUAGCCGUCGCUUUGUUCCGCUUUCCUCCGUGGUUUCUGAUUGUGCGAAGCGAUGGUUCAAAGACACUCUUGAGGAAGCUAAAGCUGGGAACAUCACUAUGCAGGUUUUGUUAGGUCAGAUGUAUUACUCUGGUUAUGGAGUCCCUAAGGAUGCUAAAAAGGGGAGACUUUGGAUUACGAAAGCAUCAAGAGUUCGUUCUUCAGUAUGGAAAGUGAAAGAUAAACGACCAGGUUACAACGCAAGUGAUUCAGAUUCAGAGUCUGAUUAGCAUGUCCUGAUAGAAAGAAAGAGCUUGUUUUUUGUUCUGUUUUGUCUCAAUCUUGGAUGUUCCAAGUUCCAACAAUGAACAAUAUCUUGUCUGGUUAUAUCUUCUGAUGCUUGUUAAUCAUUUUGUAUCUCUAAUACUCGAAUUUGUCUUCUUUUUUUGUUAAAAAUUUGGUGAAGGCCUUUGCUCAUAUUGUAUGAUUCUUUCUAGCAAUGAAAAGGAGUUAAAGGU